AUGGAUAUAAUUAAGAAGAAAUAUCCAUUUUGGAAACGCUUAUUACAUAAAUGGCAAUCUCGUAGAGAUAUCCCCUUCCGUAAAAAAUUCUUCAUUGGUUAUGAUUUAUAUGGUAAUACAUAUUGGGAAUUCACUAUUGAUGGGAAUAUGUCAAGAUUACGACGUAAAUUAGAACCAUUUCGUAAAGAAUUAUUUGAAGUUGAUUAUUUUAAAACUAUUCCACCACAAUGGUUACAAUGGUUAAGAAGAACUAGGGAACAUUCACCUAGUUUAAAUGAAUUAAUUGAAGAUCAAAUUAGACAACAACGAAUUAAAAUUUUGGCACAACAAGCUGAUGAGAAUUGGAAAUUGGAAAAAUUAAGAUUAGAAAGAGAACAACAAUUGAAAUUAUCAAAUGAAUUAAAUAAAGUGAAAUUAGAAAAUGAAAAAUUUAUUGAAAAACAAAAACGAAAAGAAAAGGAAGCAUUACUAAGGGUUGAAGAUCCUUGGAAACAAGCUGAAGAAUCGAAAAAUGAAAAUCCUAUUGAAUCAACAACUAUAAAACCGAGAUCAUAG